CAGCGCGUCGGCAGAGGUUCUCUCCCAGCCCUUUGAGCCCGACACCUUGACUGCGGCCCCUCCGGUGCAGAAGAUGAAUAAUCUUUCAUUUAGUGAGCUAUGUUGCCUCUUCUGCUGUCCACCUUGUCCAGGGAAAAUUGCUUCAAAAUUAGCAUUUUUGCCACCUGAUCCAACUUACACACUAAUGUGUGAUGAAAGUGGAAGCCGCUGGACUUUACACCUAUCAGAACGAGCUGACUGGCAGUACUCUUCUAGAGAAAAAGAUGCUAUGGAGUGUUUCAUGACUAGAACCAGUAAAGGCAACAGAAUUGCCUGCAUGUUUGUGCGUUGCUCACCCAAUGCCAAAUACACCUUACUCUUCUCACAUGGAAAUGCUGUUGAUCUUGGUCAGAUGAGCAGCUUUUACAUAGGAUUGGGAUCACGGAUUAACUGUAAUAUAUUCUCAUAUGAUUAUUCUGGAUAUGGUGCAAGUUCCGGGAAACCAUCGGAGAAGAACCUCUAUGCAGACAUAGAAGCUGCUUGGCUUGCUCUUAGGACAAGAUAUGGCAUUCGCCCUGAAAAUGUGAUUAUAUAUGGCCAAAGUAUAGGGACAGUACCAUCUGUGGAUCUUGCUGCUCGGUACGAGAGUGCUGCUGUUAUUCUUCAUUCUCCUUUGACCUCAGGAAUGCGAGUUGCUUUUCCUGAUACCAAGAAAACCUACUGUUUUGAUGCAUUCCCAAAUAUUGACAAAAUCUCUAAAAUAACCUCUCCAGUAUUAAUAAUUCAUGGGACUGAAGAUGAAGUCAUUGACUUUUCACAUGGCCUUGCAUUGUUUGAACGUUGCCAAAGACCUGUGGAGCCUCUGUGGGUUGAAGGGGCAGGUCACAAUGAUGUGGAACUUUAUGGACAGUACCUUGAAAGGUUGAAACAGUUUGUGUCACAGGAAUUGUACUCUUCGUUAUAAGACAACCUGAAAGUCUAUUGGAUGUUCUUCAAGACCACAGACUGGCUUUCGUCCCUUUUCACUUUGACUAUUUUUAACAAAAGGAUUUAUUGGUUUGGAUUAUUAUCUGAGAAUUUCAUGGAUUCACUCCUGACGUAGGAGAUCAGAAAACAUUUAAUUCAUAACUUUUAUAUUAACCUAUGUAGUAAAAAAAUAAAACUCACAAACAAAAACUAAGUUGCCUUUCCUUGAAUGAAUCAUUCCUGAAUUUAAAAAAUGAAAGAAAAAUAAAAAAUAAAUUAAUGGUAUGUAGUCUAACUUGUAAAUGAAUGAUAUUGAAAUAAUACACACUGUGGAUAUUUUUAAGGCCUUAUGUAGUUUUAAUUGUUCUGCUUGUUCUGCGGUUAUGUCUAAGACUAUAGUAUAUGAUUCUCUUCAAAGUAUAUCAAGUAUUGUGAAUGCUUUGGAUCAGAUGUGUCAAAUUAACAGUAAAACAACAAAUAUACCACUCA